UUUGGCUGUGAGGCUCUACUCGUGACGGCAGCACGCUUAACUGCUUACUUCCUCCUUUCCUGGCCCCUGGAGGCUUAGUGAUAAAAGAGCGCACACUUCAGUACCUGCAACCAAGUUUUUACAGCGUCUGCUCCGCAAGUCAGUUCGAUGGCGAAGUCAAGCGUAAGCGAUCGAGCAGCAGCGAACAUGUCGUUUAAGGUGCGACCGGCGCGACGAGAAGACGCGGAGAGCGUCCUGACCAUGAUGCGCGAGCUGAACGACUUCCAAGAGCUUCCGCCGGCCAUGAUCACGCUGGACGGGAUCCUGCGGGAUCUCUUCGACAGCGAGCGCCCUUUUGCCAGGGUCAGCCUCGCCGUCUCGCCUUCGCCGGACGGCGGCGAAGUCCUCAUGGGCCAAGUGAUCUACUUCGUCAUAUUCGACGCCGUGACGUUGCAGAAGCUGGCCUACAUCGAGGACAUCUACGUGCGUCCCGAGUACCGCUGUAAGGGCGUCGGCGUCGCACUGUGGAAGUCGGUGGCCGAGCACGGACUGCUUCGGGGCUGCGACGGCUUGCGUCUCGAGGUGCUCAGCACGAACAAGGAGGCCGUGGAUUUCUACGCCAAGCGAGGCGCCAAGGAUCUCGGUCCUGUAUACGGUUUCCAGCAUUUCAAGGUCGUCUGGGAUGCCCCCGAUGGAAUAAAAGCGUGAUGGUACACUCAGGACAGCAGCAGUGCAGCCGCACUCAAGGCCACGCUGCGUGUGUGCAGAAUCAAGGCUGUUCCUUUGAACAGUGCUGUACCAAACCUCAAGACCUCAACUGUGCAAUAGCAAUAGUGCAACCUCAAGCUGUGCAAUAUAACGCGUCCCUCGUCAACUCUCUGCCAUGCCAAACUAAAGAUUGUUUCCUGUAAUCAGUAUUGUGUCAAGACUAAAAGCCUGUACCUGAAGAACACGUCGUGCCUGAAGACGGUCCUUCAAACUGAAGACCGCCCUAAAGUGUAUUGGACAUGGGAAGAAUACCUGUACCUGAAUAAGGCAUCGGGGCGUAAGUCAAUACAAUAAUUAGACUGCGUGAUGUAGCCGCCUCAAGACCAUAUUUCUCUAAAUGUUACUUUAUACCAAUCGCUCAAGGCUUGUACCUGAAGACCGCACCCUGCCUCGAAAUUGUACCGCAGCCGGAUUCAAGACCCUACUAUACACAGACUGAGACUCCAAGCUGCAGAGCCGUGGCGUGCGCGUGUCCAUAUAUGUAUAGUGAAGGAAGAUGGAAGGCCAUGUCGCGUGUGCCUUCGCCCGAAGGUAGGGUCCGAUAGAGUGAAUUAUGUUGGUGAAUUCGUGAAGGAUAUAAAAUAAAAUGGAACGUA